ACCAUGUGCAGGGCACAUUCAGGGCCCACUCCCCUGUCUAUCGGUACCUGGUUGUCGGUCAGAAGGUCGACAACAAGGGGGUCAUGAUGCUCCGUUGGACGUUUUGCGACGAAGUUUUCCAAGGGACCCAAUUUCAGGCCACGAGGCACUUCACGCAGACAAACUACUGCAAGGACGUCAGCGACGAGGCGUUGUACGAGAUCGCUCGACAAAGUCAACAGAAGUUCGAGGCUGAUCAGAUGGAGAGGUUUGCCAGGUAUGCAGCGGAGCGCGGACUCGAUGUGCCCCGCACGGGUGGUGCAAGGGGAGGAGAGGCGGGGCGGCGUCCGGUGGAGGGAGGGGUCGGGGGAGAUGGUGGGCAUGGUGUGCCAGACCCCCCCUUGGGGGGUGGAGGCGAUGAGACGGAGGAGGGCAUAAUCCACGUCGAUCGCGAGGCGCGUGGCCCGGGCGAAGAGGGAGUCCCGGAAUGGGAGGACGUGCCAGACGGGAUCUCCUUCAAUGCCUUCCACAACGAGGCUUGGAAGGCAUAUCAACAUGUGCUUCUUGAGCAGCCUGACAGUUCCCCGCGCGCUGUGCUCCCCAACCACUGCGAGAUUGCGAGUAUGCGGGCGGUGGAGACCCACCGUGCGGAGCUGACGGAGGAGUUGGAGGAGGUGAGGCAGCCAUUCUGGGUGACUGGUGCCACCCUCCUCUCCGAUGGGAGGAAAUCACGAGACGGGAGACCGAUCGUGAAUUUCCUUGCCGCUGGCUCGCGAGGAGUCGUCGUGUACACGACGAUCAAUCGAGAGAGCGAGGCUGACGAUGCUGUGCACGUUCUUCGAAAAUGGGUUACCAUCUUCCACGAGUUCAGCUUCGGUGGGCCGCAGCAGAUCAAUGCGAUAUGCACUGACUCCGCUUCUGCUUAUGUGGGGGCUGCAAGGGCAUUGGUCUCGCCGUCCAUGCCUCUUGCACUAAGGAGGAUCACUUGGCUUCCGUGCUCCGUCCAUGUCUGCAACAAAUUGUUGUCUGACAUGGGGACGAGUUGCGACGCGUUUGUGGACGCGAUCACACGCGCUCUCCACGAGGGCAUUCACACGAAGAAGCGCAACAAGUUGGCCUUCGAGAAGGUCGUUCAACUCGUUGAGAUCACCGCAAAUGUGCGGUUGACGGAGUAUCGGCGGGCUGGAUGCGGUUAUGUGUUGCCAUGGCAGCGGGACGAGGGCAUGCAGGAUUGCCAGGCAGGACUCGAGUUGGAGCCUGUGUGCUCGGGGACUCGCAGGGGGAUGACGGAGGAGGAGAUUGCCCAUCAGGUUGCACUUAUUACCCGCGAUCCCAUCGGGGUGUCCUCACCACCCUUUGCUGAUGUCGUUUUCGAUAGACGUGCUUGCAUUUUUCGUCCCUACCCCAGGGAGGACGACUCAGACGAGGAGUCGGUACCCGAGGCGGCAGAUGACCCUGCGCUCCACAUUCCUCGCGAGAUCGACGAGACGCACGAGGAUCUCGACUCCGAGGAGACGAGGGCACACACUGCACGACGGGCGGCAGACCGGGCGGAGAGGGAGAUGCUGGGGGGAGAGGAGGAGUUUUGGGGCCCAUUCGAGGAGGUCGCUUCCACGGGCGGCCCAGAGGUUCAGGCGACGACCCCCACUCCGACGAGGCGGGAGUCGUCCAUGCCGCCACCUCCUGCUCCAAGUCCUGCACCACCAUCGCCCGUCUCCCCACUUCAGCCGGCCACGGCAACGGCGGACAGGGAGGAGUUGGGGUCCUCUUUGCCUCAGCGCGGACUUCUCCACAGAGGUGGGGCAGUCCGCCAGCUGAGGUUACGAUCACCUUCCCCGGGGAUAUUGCAGGAGGAGGGGGCACCGUCGGCCGCAGCAGUGGAGAGUUCGGUGGCACCAGCGGCGGUGCCGGACGCGAUGAUCGCAGCCUCGGUGGAGGAGAUAGCAGCAGCAGCAGCAGCAGCAGUGUUGGAGGAGAUGGAAGCAUCACUGCUGGAGGAGGAUCCACCAGCGGCAGGAGGAGCUGCAGUAGCAGGAGGAACAGGUGGAGGAGCAGCAGCAGUGGAGGUUGAGGUGGCAGCAGUAGUGGAGGUUGAGGUGGCAGCAGCAGUGGAGGUUGAGGUGGCAGCAGCGGUGGAGGAGGAGGAAGCACCGUCGGUACCUGCAGUGGAGGGGGAGGUGCCAGGACCAGUGGAGGAGGAGAUAGCCGCACAGGCCGAGGUGCAGCGUGGGGGCGAUGACGAGCGCCUCAUGCAGCAGUUCCUCACGGAGGAGCUCGAUCCGGUCAUAGCGGGUAUGACUCGGGGUGUGGCGAGGGGGUUUGGGAUUUCGGAUUCGGAGAUGGGGACCCACUUAGACUUUGAUUUGUCGAUGGGCCUUCCACCUAGUUGCGGCGGGGCGACAUCAACAGACCGCGCUCCAUCGAGGGACGAGGCGCCAGGACAGACUUUGACGCAGACCGCGAGAGAGACGAGGAUGACUGAGUCUCCAGAUGCAGCACGCGACAUCAUGGAGCGAAAGAGGGCUCGACUUUUGGCAUCGAGUGAUCCGCGUGCUCAGGCGUUCGCAUGGGCCUUAAAGGAGGCCAGACUUCGAGAGACAGGGGGGGAUUGUGUGCAGGGUGUGGUGGUAGUGGGGGAGGACGUUGCGGAGGGAGUGGCAACAGAGGCGGUCGAUGAGGCUAUGCCGGGUGGAGCAAAGGCAGCGGACGUUGCUGUGGAGGGACGGCCACAGGCGGUGGAUGAGGCUGUGCAGGCAGGACAGCGGCGAGUCGAGGGGGCUAUAGACGCACGGCACGUGGUCGAGGAGACAGCGACGGGUCCAAUCGUUCCGUUCUCGGGCCUGCACUUGGCUCAGGGUCGACAGUCGCAGGCGGUUCAGAUGGCAGUGCAUGGUGUGCCACCGCCCGUUGGGGUCCGAGCCGGUGGUUGUGCCCCCACCAUCGAGACGCGUGCGCAGAAAGCAGCGAGAGAGAAAAGGGARAGAGAAGGUGUUCUGUUUGAGAGUGUGAGGAAGGGCAAGAGGAGUGUUCGUCCAAACGGAAGGAGAGCGCAGACCCCUCUUGAGAGAUCUACUGACAUCCCUUCCUCCAGCAUGGCGGAAAUCACAUCUGCCCAAUGGCGGGUCAUGCUGGACGCGGCAAGCGAGUUUGAGAAACCGUUCUUUCAGAAACUUUAUGAUGAUGCGGUACUGAGGGAAGGGGAGGCAGAGGCAGCAGCUAAGGCCGUCAGCAUUGCUGCGCAAGAGGCCCUCCUGCAGGUUCCGGAAGCUAAUGCUGACCGGUUCGAGGAGAAGCUAGCUGCUGCCGUUGCAGCCCUGGUCCGUCUGCGGGAAUUGGAAGACUUUGAAUCUCGUGUGACAGCACUAGAGCAGCAGAACCGAGAGCUGCAGGCUGAGGUACUCAGCCUUAGACAGUCCCAGCUGUCUGCCCCCCGCCCUCCUAACCCUCGACUUGCCGCAGUCCCGGUCCCUCAAACUAACACAGCCCUAGUGGCAAGUGCAGGUGGAACUGUGGCAAGCGCAGGAACCGGUGCCAGCUCUUCAAGCGGCAGCGCCGGCAGCUCUGCACUCGUCAUAGUCCCAGGUGCAGGCCCUUCAGCCCAGAAAGCCCCAGUUCAUACUGGCAUUCCAUACAGCGCUCCCAUGGUGGACAAGAGGGCGGCCACUUUGCCGUCCAAGUACGAUGGGAAGGCGGAUAUUACAUCCUGGAUUAGUUCCAUGAGAUCAUUCUUCGAGGUCAUGCGGACACCGCAGGAGGACCGAAGACUGCUACCGACUUCAGGGAAACAGGCAAGGGGCGUAGAGGAGUUAUCAUGCCGUGCAGGACUGCUACCGACUUCAGGGAAACAGGCAAGGGGCGUAGAGGAGUUAUCAGCCCUCUCUACAGCAAGGGGAGCUGAACAGUCAGUUGCAGGCCCUUCCAAGGAGCCUGAAUCUGAUCAACAGAUAGCUCUUGAGGCCCUAUCUGAUGCUGAUUCCAAGGCUUACACGGUCCGAGUGUUAUACACUGAGCCUUGGGAGGAGUCUAAGGAAGUAGACUUCCACGCCCACAUGGAACAUUGGCUGCAGCUCAAGCAGCAGCACCGUGUCCAGGGAAGUGUGGAGUUGACCUUCUUUAAACUUCUCAUUAACCGCCGAUACAUCCGAGUGCUGAUCAACAGUGGUUCAACCACUAACUUCUUCUCUCCUAACGGGAUUCGUAAGGUGGGCCUGGGUAUGAAGCAAGUGGAACUGCAAAACCCUUGUCGGACUCAGGUAGGCAACCAAGAGGUUGUCACUUCCACUCAUGUCGUCAAAGGUGUGCGCAUCACCUUUGACAAAGACCGCGCUGUCACGCAUGAGCUCAACUUCUAUGUCAUGGACAAGUGUCCGUUCGAUGCGGUCAUUGGCUUGGGCUGGCUUAAGGCUCACUGCCUAAGGACCAUAUGGGCGGACAAUCAGUUUUUGGUGCUUGAUGCCAAGGGGAACGAGCGUACCGUCUUGUUAGAUGAGACGCGCGAGUCCCCUGUGACUCUUCUCAGUGCUAACAAAUUCUGCAGAUCGGUGCGCAGGCGCAAGGAAGGUGAGUUUGUACAUAUAGAUCUUGUAAAGCCUUUCCAUGUGCCUUCUACUUUUGCUGCAUUUUCUUCUUCGGAAGGUAAAUCUACUUCUACUCCUGUUCCAUCUACUUCUACUAUGAAUACUCAGCCUACUUCUGAUUCGGAAACCUCUAAACCUGUUGUAAUUGCUGUAAAUUCUCAGUCUGAUUUUCUCUCCCCUGAUGAGGAUGAUCCUCCACCGGAAAUCCCAGCAAGCAUUCGCCUCCUAUUAAAUCGAUUUCCGGAAGUGUUGGCUGAACCUCGCGGAGUUCCCGAGCGUCCAGUCAAGCACAAAAUCGAAAUAAUAGAAGGGAGUGUUCCUCCAAAGGGUUGUGUCUACCGUAUGGGGAAAGGUGAGUUGGAGGAGCUGCGGAGACAGAUUGAUGAUAUGAUUGACCGUGGUUGGAUUAGGCCUAGCGAGUCCGAGUUUGGUGCCCCUGUCUUGUUUGUGCCGAAGAAAGGAGGCAAACUCCGAAUGUGCAUUGAUUACCGUGGCUUGAACCGGAUCACUAGGAAGAAUGCGUACCCUUUGCCUCGCAUUGAUGAUCUGUUGGAUGCGGCCGGUGGUUGCAAGGUCUUCUCCAAGAUCGACCUCAAGUCUGGCUAUCACCAGAUUGAAUAUGGGCCCCCGAAAACUCUUGUGAGUGAUCGGGACACUAGGUUCAUCAGCAAGGACUGGAAGGACUUCACUGCCCAAGUCUAUGACAUCACACUAAACAUGACGUCUGGUCGACACCCACAAGCCAAUGGAUUGGCCGAGGAAAUCAACCAGACCGUCACCCAACUGCUGCGCGCGUURAUUGUGCCAGACCAGAACACAUGGGAUAAGGAGUUGCAUAAGGUAAAAGGACUGUACAACAACUCCAUCCAUUCUGCAACCGGUGUGACACCAAAUCAGUUGCAGUAUGGAUGGCCGAUGCGUAAUCCCGUCUCCUACCUGUUCCCGGAACGGUCACCUGGUCUGAUGUCCGGCAUGCCUGGCUACAAUGCCAAGUACGCACGCUUGCUCAAAGUUGUUACGGCAGCCAUGAACAAGCGCCAGCAUGCCAUGAUCAAACAUGCCAACAAGCUGCGCAAAGAAGUGAAAUUUAAGGUCGGGGACUACGUUUGGGUUAAGAUGUCUGAAUUUUCUGAUGAGGAGGGCGUGUCACGGAAGCUUCUUCCACUAUACUACGGCCCUUGGCAGAUUAUGAAAGUGAUUGGGGAUGAUUUUGGCCCUUCGUUUGUGAUUGACUUGCCGCCUCAUCUGCGCACGUACCCAGUCUUCCACGCCUCCAAACUGUUUCCGCAUAUUGAUGAUGAGACUUUUCCCUACCGUGACCCUAUGAUACCUCGCCCUAUCGAUGGCGGCCAUGAGAUCGACAGGAUCGUUUCUCACGAGGGUAGAGGAAGGAACAAACAAUACAAGGUCCACUUCCUCUAUCACCCGUUGAACGAAUUCUUCUGCAUCGACCGGAAAGAGCUGCUCAAGAGCGCCCCACGUGUAGUGAACGCAUAUGAACGACAGGUUGCUGAUGGACAGACCGCUAAGUUCGCUGCGAAACUCACCCCGUUCGGUCUCACUAACGCCCUCUUUCUGAUCUAUGCCUACGAUGCCUUUUGUGCCGACUCUGAAUGAGUUACUCGCUCGAAGGGACCUCGCUCUUGAGAGGGGGGUAGUGUAAUGACCCGCCAAAA